CCUUUUAUUUUUGUAUAUAAAUACAGCCACAAGCGCUCGACAUCUCUCACAACUCAUUCCCUAAAACCCUAAUCGUUUAUUAGGGUUUUCCAGAAAGCUCUGCAGCAGCCAAACUACUGUGAGUCUUUUAUUGUCCCGAUGGGUAAAUCCGCCAAGAAAUCCACCAAGCUCGAUGCAGCUCCUGCUGCUGUCGUACCGGCCGGCAAAUCUGGGAAGAAAGGCAAGAGGGAGGCCGAAGAGGAGUUAAAGAAACAGGCAAGUGCCAAGAAGCAGAAGAUAGAGCAAGAGGCGGCCGAGAAGCAGAAGAGCCAGAAGAAGAAGGUCCUUAAGAAAGAGGAAACAAGUAGUUCGGACGAUACAUCGUCCUCGGAGUCUGAACCAGAACAGAAGGUAAAGGUGGCACCCAAAAAAGGGGGAAUUCAGGCAAAACUGCCAGUUGAAGAAUCUAGCAGCGACGAUUCAUCUUCAGAUGAAGAAACUCCUGUCAAAGCUGUGGUGCCUCCUAAGAAACAACCAGUGGCUGCUAAAAAUGGCGCUGCUGGAGUCCCCGCUAAAAAGGGCAAGGCAGCAAGCAGUUCUGAUUCUUCAGAAGACAGUGAUUCUGAGGAAGAUGAUAAACCUACAACCAAGGCAGCUGCACCAACAAAAAAGGUUCCUGCACCAGUUAAGAAUGCUGGAUUAGGAAAUCUGAAGAAGAAAGAUGAAUCCAGUGAGGAGUCUGGCUCAGAUGAUAGCAGCAGCUCUGAUGAUGAUAAAAAAGUAGCUGCCACCACUCAAGGGAAGAAGCCUGCUGUUGUUCCCCAAAAGGUGGAAGACUCAAGUGAUUCAAGCUCUGAUAGCUCGUCAGAUGAGGAUAAUGAUAAGAAGAACAAUGCCAAAGUUGCUGUGCAACCCAAGAAGUUGCCAUCAAAUGGUUCUGUUGCAUCUGUCAAGAAGAAAGAGGAAUCAAGUGAUGGUGAUAGCUCUGAAGAUUCUGAAUCUGAAAAGCCGCAAGUGGCCACUGUGCCUAAAAAGAAGACGGAUUCCACUGAUAGCUCCACAGAAAGUGAUUCUGAGGAAGAAGCGGCUCCAGCCACCAAAAUAGUUCCUUCUAAGAGGCCUGCUCUGACAGUAGAAAAGGAAACCAAACAGAAGAAGGCAGACAAUGAUGACACUUCAGAGGACAAUGAUGACACUUCAGAGGACACUGAUGAUAGCAGUUCGGAGGAAGAACCUCAAAGGAAGAAAAUAAAAGCCAAACCCACUGUCUCAUUGAAUGCUAGUAAACAAAAUGCAAAAGUUCCGAAAAAAGUGAGCAGCAGUGAUGAUGAUAGUUCUGAUGAUGAGCCUGCAAAGUCGCAGCCGGUAAAGAGGCCUUCCCAAGCUGCAAAGAAAGCUAGUGAGUCUGAGGAGGAAUCUGACGAUGACAGUUCUAGUGAAGAAGAUGCUGCUGAGGAGCAGCAGCCUACCAAGACACCAAAGAAAAAGAAACAGGAUAGUGACGUAGAAAUGGUAGAUGCAGUGUCACCAAAGGCAGUGAGCAAGCAGGCUGAUUCUAAAGCUGGGAAAAAAGCUCCCCAGACUCCAGUUACUCCCCAAGUUCAAGCUGCUGGAUCGAAAACAUUAUUUGUGGGCAACCUAUCUUUCUCUGUUGAACAAGCUGAUGUGGAGAACUUCUUUGAGGGUGCUGGAGAGGUUGUAGAUAUUCGCUUUGCUUCAGAUAGAGAGGGAGUAUUUAAAGGCUUUGGUCAUGUUGAAUUUGCCACUGCAGAGGCUGCACUGAAGGCCCUGGAAUUGAAUGGGGAAGAUCUCUUGGGUCGUCCUGUGAGACUUGAUUUAGCCAAAGAAAGGGGCUCUUACACUCCAUUUAGCGGAAAUGAGAAAAACUCUUUCCAAAAGGGAGGGAAAGCUCAAGGGCAGACAAUAUUUGUCCGUGGUUUUGACAGAUCUGGUGGAGAGGAUCAGGUUAGAAGUUCAUUGGAAGAGCAUUUCGGAACAUGUGGAGAGAUUACUAGGUUAUCCCUCCCAAAAGAUUAUGAUACCGAUGGACUCAAAGGGAUUGCUUAUAUUGACUUUAAGGACAGUGAUGCUUUUAACAAGGCCCUGGAUCUCAGUGGAUCUGAACUUGAAGGUUAUGAAUUGAUGGUGGAAGAGGCGAAGCCAAGACCAGAUAACCGUGAGAACAGUGGUGGUGGCCGAGGUGGUGGACGAAGUGGUGGUAGGGAUUUUGGUGGCCGGUCUGGUGGUAGAGGUGGACGAGGUGGAGGUGGUCGCUUUGGAGGCAGAGGUGGCCGUGGUGGAGGUGGUAGAGGACGAGGAACGCCCAAUAAACCAAGCAUGGCUGCUCCUGGUACAGGGAAGAAGACAACUUUUGAUGAUUGAGUAGAAAUCUGGAGGGCAGGAAUUUUGAAGAGUAAUAUUAUUUUUGUUUUUUGUUUUUUUUUGGUUCUGUACUUGGGUCUUUCGGUUAUAACGUUCAAUUAGAAGUCUAGAAUUGUUCUUGAUUUAAGCAGAACGUUGGACAUCCUACUGCAUACCUAUUUGUUUUGUCGUGAUUGGUGUGUUAAGAAGUUUUGCCUUAUUAUUAUUA